AGGAAAAGGAGUGUUCAAUGGCGACAGGGCGCUCUUUGAAGCCGGCUCCUCAGGCGGAUUCUGGCCCAGGCCGCCGCUCUGGUCCCAGUCCGGCUGCAGAGCGAAUUGGAGAGGAUGGCACCUCCUGCUUCCCGGGGGGCGGAAGGAGCGCCAGCGCCUAAGGUGGGUCACCUGCCAGGAAGGGAACACGCAUGGUGCAGACGCACGUGGGAGGAGCACAGGUCCCGGGUACAAGUGCCGAGCUGGCGACUUAGAGAAGAGGUAGACUCGGGCUCAGACCAAGCAGGCGUAAGGGAGUAGACGGGACGUCCCGUUUUUGCAGUGACGGCGGAGUCACCCAUCCCAGCAGCCUCACCUUCUUGGAGCGCUUGUCCCUCCCCUUGGACUGAAACCCCAGGGGCCACCGCACCGGGUGGGCGGGACCGACUACUCCCGGACCAGCCGCUGGAGCUGCGUGCCAGGCGGGGCUGUGCGGAGCAGCUGAGCGCAGAGCGGAGCACCAGGCACCUAGCGGGCCGGACUCUGGGCGGCACCGGAGCGGGCCGGGCAGCAGUGGGCGCUCGCGAUCCUCCUCUGCCCAACGCGCUCUCCCUCCGGGCCCGGCCUCCUCCGUCCCCUCCUUUUGCUCCCGCUCCUCCUCCCGCUCCUCCCCUCCUCGGGAUUGAGCACCAAAACGCCCGCCUGCAAGGUCCUCUGCGCCCUGGCAGCCAGGAGUCGCCGCCACGACCGCCGGGUCUCAGUGGGUGCCUGCGCCUUCUCCCCGCCCGCCUGCCUGCCCCGGGCCAUCCAGAAACUUGCUCUACCCGCCGCGGGUGCUCGGCAGUGCUGCCCAUGGCCCAGUCCAGGAGCCUAUUUAGGGCGCCGGACGGACUGGACAGAGGCGCGGCUCAGUAAUUGAAGGCCUGAAACGCCCAUGUGCCACUAAGAGGCUUCCCUGCUGUGGCACUUCAUGACCCAGCGGCGCGCGGCCCAGUGAAGCCACCGUGGUGUCCAGCAUGGCGGCGCUGCUCCUGGGCGCGGUGCUGCUGGUGGCCCAGCCCCAGCUAGUGCCUUCCCGCCCCGCCGAGCUAGGCCAGCAGGAGCUUCUGCGGAAAGCGGGGACCCUCCAGGAUGACGUCCGUGAUGGCGUGGCCCCGAACGGCUCUGCCCAGCAGUUGCCGCAGACCAUCAUCAUCGGCGUGCGCAAGGGCGGCACGCGCGCACUGCUGGAGAUGCUCAGCCUGCACCCCGACGUGGCAGCCGCGGAGAACGAGGUCCACUUCUUCGACUGGGAGGAGCAUUACAGCCACGGCCUGGGCUGGUACCUCAGCCAGAUGCCCUUCUCCUGGCCACACCAGCUCACAGUGGAGAAGACCCCCGCGUAUUUCACGUCGCCCAAAGUGCCUGAGCGAGUCUACAGCAUGAACCCGUCCAUCCGGCUGCUGCUCAUCCUGCGAGACCCGUCGGAGCGCGUGCUAUCUGACUACACCCAAGUGUUCUACAACCACAUGCAGAAGCGCAAGCCCUACCCGUCCAUCGAGGAGUUCCUGGUGCGCGACGGCCGGCUCAACGUGGACUACAAGGCCCUCAACCGCAGCCUCUACCACGUGCACAUGGAGAACUGGCUGCGCUUCUUCCCGCUGCGCCACAUCCACAUUGUGGACGGCGACCGCCUCAUCAGGGACCCUUUCCCUGAGAUCCAAAAGGUCGAGAGGUUCCUAAAGCUGUCGCCGCAGAUCAAUGCUUCGAACUUCUACUUUAACAAAACCAAGGGCUUUUACUGCCUGCGGGACAGCGGCCGGGACCGCUGCUUACAUGAGUCCAAAGGCCGGGCGCACCCCCAAGUCGAUCCCAAACUACUCAAUAAACUGCACGAAUAUUUUCAUGAGCCAAAUAAGAAAUUCUUCGAGCUUGUUGGCAGAACAUUUGACUGGCACUGAUUUGCAAUAAGCUAAGCUCAGAAACUUUCCUACUGUAAGUUCUGGUGUACAUCUGGGGGGAAAAAGAAUUUUAAAAAAGCAUUUAAGGUAUAAUUUAUUUGUAAAAUCCAUAAAGUACUUCUGUACAGUAUUAGAUUCACAAUUGCCAUAUAUACUAGUUAUAUUUUUCUACUUGUUAAACGGAGGGCAUUUUGUAUUGUUUUUCAUGGUUGUUAACAUUGUGUAAUAUGUCUCUAUAUGAAGGAACUAAACUAUUUCACUGAAAAAAAAAAAAGAUUUUUUCUGGAGACGCUAUCUUUUUUUGAAUAUAAUUAACUUGCCCCCAACUCAAAAUAGCUGUCUGUGUUGCAAUCAUUGCAAAAUCUAAAUUCUUUUGUUACUUAAAAAAACAUGUUUUUCAUGGCUAUUAUAAUCCUCUCUCUCCCCUCUCCUUUCUGCAUUGCUCUUUUUAAUUUUUAAUGUCUCAUUGUGAUCAUCAGAUUUAUUUUUACUUGAAUUGUAAGAUUUAUCUCCUCGGCGAUUCCUUGUCAUUUUUGGAGGUCACAGUUUUACCCAUUCCCACGUGUAAACUUCAAGUAAACAAAGCAAUAUUCAGGAUGGAGAAGCAGUUAGUGACUGGCUAGAGGUCUCUUGGGAUCCAUCUUGACCUCAAAGAAUAUUUGCACAUGCUUCUGAUCUCAGCAGUUAUAAUAAAGAGGAUUAAACCCUUGGCCUUCAGAAUGAUCUUGGACCUGGAUACUUUGCCCCAGGUGGCAGUUGGCCUCCAGAAAGCCAAUUAGAAUAGAAAAGAGAAACUGCUAAAUCUAUGUGUGUCUUCAUCCUGUCGGUUCUGUGAAAGGCUGACUAAAAGGGUAGUAGUCUUUUGCUUAGUCUGAAAGUCUGCUUACUUCCUGAAAGACACAUUGGCAUUAUAGACAUAUAUUCCAUAUGCACUGAGACAUAAAUAUGUGUAUGUUUCAAAAUCAACUCUAAAUUUGGAGUCCUGAAUGUGAAAGAAAAAGUAAGCUCCCAAGUGUUGAAGUUAAAAAGAGAAAAGGGCAGAGUUGAGGGUAGCACCUAAGAGAACCACUGUACCUGCCCCCAGAGGAGUGGCUGGAGUUCAGUUUUACUUCUGCCCCUGAGCAGCCAGCUUGUUGGAGAUGGUCACAUAAACCCUUCUUAUCCUCAGUUUUUUCAUGCAUUCUUCAUGCAGUCAGCCUUUUACAGAAUUAAACACAUUGGAUUUUAAUAAAAAUAAAACAUUCAUUACAGUAAAAGAGAAAAUACAAAUGAGCAAAAUAAACCGGCUUCCUGACAUAGUUUAUACCGCAGGAAAAUGACAGAAAUGGACGUUAUUAAUCAUCUCCUACACUUAAGAACUCAUUGAAAUUUCUCCAAGCAACCCCAGGAUGCAGAUAUUAUUAUGGAAAUUUCGAAGAGGAGGAAUUAGGCCCAGAGAACAUGAGACACUUGCCCAAGGUCACAUUGACUAUAAACUCAGGCUUAGAGGCUACUCAGAGCCAAAGCACAGGUUAUUUACGUAUUUAGUUUUUACCCAACUCUUUCUGAACUCAAAAGGAAAAGCCCAGACUCAGAGCCAGUUCUUCCUGACCUGACUUGACAUUUCUUCCCAGGUGCCAAAUAUCUUCCAUCCUAAGAGGUGUGUCCCAGAUACAGGAAGGGCAAGAAGAAGCCUGCAUUUUUCUCAGCAGUGUUAUCAGGGAAGUGAGUCACCUUGGUACGUUUCAGCAGCUCCAGCCUGACCUGACCUUAGCAUGGCCUAUGCCCCACCCCAUAUCAUGAACAGAGAGCAGAGAGGAUGCCUUCCUCUUUAGAAUCCAUUAAAGUUGUCAUUAAACCAUCAUCUCCCCCAGAGGAAGUAGCAGAAAUAUUUACAGCAGGCCCCUGGUGGACAUGGUACUUUUCAAUAGGCAGAGAGCCUCCCUCUGCAGCACAUCGUUGGAUCUUGCUUUUACCAUACUCCUUGAAGAGCUGAAGAAAUAAGAGGGCCCAGCAAGGUUAAGUCAAGUUUCCAAACCUGUUCAGGAAUAUGGUGACUGAAAGGAAACUGCAAUGAGAGUCUCUGACUGAAGAAGAUGCUCUUUGCAAACUGCCUGUAAAUUCCUGUCCCCUGACAGGGAUGGUCUGGUUGAAGCAUGAACUGUGGAUGCAAGAGGCAGCGGGGAGGAGUGGAGGAAGACAGGACCAGCACAUGGAAUAUAAUCUAGCUGCUGGGACUGGCAUAGUCGAUGGAGGCGGUGGUCCAGUGUAAAAUGAUUAGUGAAUGUAAAUUCAAUAUGUUUUCAUUUGGGGGUGCAGAGUCGUGGCUAAAGGAAUGUUCAAAUGAGUCUACCAUGAGCAAGGGAUCAGAGGUCCUAGUGGCACUAUCUGUUCAUUCAUUUUUGGUACAACCCCAGCCAGUCAUUGAGAAGGUACACUGUGUAAGAAACCAUCACUCCAGACUUACCCAAGGUAUUUAUUGCUAGAUCUCACCAAGCACUGUCAAAUUCAAAGGAGGCCCUGUAGUAGACCCUGGGCUGUCCUUACAGGGCCAAAAUGCAGUGACUCAGGAGCCUAAUAGCACCCGGUCCCUCCAAAACAUGCCUUCUACCAAUUCCAUUAACAGAGACAGGUGUCAGUGGAAGGGGUGGGUCUCCUGUCCAGACCACCCCAGCCCGGGAGCAGCCUGGGGGAUCUAUCUAGGUGGGUCCUUCCAGAGAGGCAGGUGAGAACAACUGAACCAAGCCUCAGCUAUUAGAUUUGGAAUAUUCACACACUUGACACUCCAGAGUCAGAACGGCCCCUUCCCUUUCCCUUCCUCCUGGAAUCAGAUAGGGUUGAAAUCCUUUUAACACCAUUUGGUUAUCAGCUCACAAACUGAAGGUUUGCAAGUUUAGGAAAAGUGACAUGCCUCUGAGCACAGGGUGCUUUACUCCUUCUGUGCUUGGAAGCUUACCCAACUGGAAGGAGAUGGAGGGCAGGAGAGGCCGAUGCCUAGCGUGCCUGCUGCUUACAGGGGUGGUGUCACAGGUCACCAUUAUUCAUUAAAAUUUUACUUUUUUGAUCCCCUACCACAUGCUCAACAUGGUAUUGAGUCCUCAAGAAUAUAAAAAGAAAAUACAACAGGAACCAGUAGUCAUUAACUGUUUGUUCUGGACUUUAAUAAAAGUACAGAGGGUCUUGGAGUACAAAGGGAAAGACAUUUAGCUGUGUAUAGAAUGGGUGGGGGAAUGUGUUCCAUGGUUUGGCAUUCAGUUCAGCAACAUUCAUGAGAGAAAUCAACUAGCCCCCUUAUAGAGAAGAGGAAACUGAGAUUUAAAAAGUGGUCCUGGCCGGGUGUAGUGGCUCACGCAUGUAAUCCCAGCACUUUGGGAGGCCAAGGCAGGUGAAUCACGAGGUCAGGAGUUCAAGACCAGCCUGACCAACAUGGUGAAACCCCGUCUCUACUAAAAAUACAAAAAUUUGCCAGGCAUGGUGGCGAGUGCCUGUAAUCCCAGCUACUCAGGACGCUGAGGCAAGAGAACCACUUGAACCUGGCAGGUGGAGGUUGCAGGGGGCCGAGAUGAUGCCACUGCACUCCAGCCUGGGCAACAGAGCAAGACUCCAUCUCAAAAAAAAAAAUAAGAUAAAUUAAUAAUAAAAAAAUAAAAAAGUAAUCCUGACUUGAAGUCAUUUUUUUCAGAAGAAAGGAUUCUUGCUCACUCCAGGGAAAUAGUCCAGAAAUGGGAAAUGUUGACAUCACAAAUCACAAAAGAAGGUGAAAUAUAUCAGAGACCCUCUCCAGAAUGUCAUUUCUCAGAAAUAUUAAGAAAUAGAGAAUCUUCCCAGAGGUCGCAUGUCAGGGCAGGUCACUUAACUUGUGGGCCACAGAGACCCUGACCUUCCUGUGGGAAGGCUUCAUGGAGGAAUUGCCAUAAAGCUGGGGCACGAAUGGCAGUAGUGUCACCAGAGCAGGGCAUUCUGAACAAGGGAAGCUUGAGACAUGAAGACAGUGGUCACGGGGAGAGGCCGGGGGUAGAGGGUAGAGGUAGGCAAGAGAUUUGUCUAAGUGGCAUGUCAAAUGUGUUAAACUCAAUGAGAAGCUACUGCUUUCCAAGGCUGGAGUGUUGGAAGCUUACUUAGCAGGCACCCAUGUGAAUGUGGCUCCUGUGCAGGUGUAUCUGUUGCAUAAAAAUAGCUAUCAUUUGUUGCACACCUGCCAUGUGCUUGGUAUGUUAAAUAUAUUGCUUCUAACCUAUAUAACAACCCUAGGAAGUAGAAAAUGGGCUACUAAUUUUACAGAAAAAUAAACUCAGAAAUUAAAGGGCUUGCCCAUGUUGAUAGAGCCAUUACUUCUUACAAAUGAAAUGUUGUCUCCGAUGUCUCUGCUCCUUUUCAGUCCAUCUAUUUGUGGGUAAGUGGAGGAAGAUAUAAAGCAUAUGCAUCUGUCUAUUAGGCAGAGCCUGUAAGGGAAAUUAUGGGCAUCUAGGAUUUGGAGUUGGACAGUUAGGGUGAUGUCAAAAUUACCUUCAAGCAAAGCAGUGGCUGGGAUUUGAUGCAACAGGGACGUGAUAAAACAUGCUCCUAACUGGCAGCAGCUCAUUUCGGAAGACUGAGCCUGAGUUAAAGGCCAGAGCAACAUAACAGAGUUCUCCAAACAGCACACAGUGAGAGAAGGCCAAAGCUAAAGAGGACAUCAUCAGAUUUAGCUGCUUCACUAAAGUGUUUUGAUGUAGAAAAUGACCUUGGUGCUUUAGUUCUCCCUGAUGUCAAGACCUUUACUCCAUUUUGCCCAAAGUUUUCAGUUAGAUAACAGCAAAGAGAGAGAGCCAGAAGACCUGGGUGUGCAUCCUAGCUGUACCAAUCACUGACCAUGGGAUCUUAGAUUCAGACUCUGAGAACCUCCAUUUCCUUCUCCAUAAAAAUGGGCAGAUAUGUACUGUACUCUGUUGGGGGAAAACUCCAAUUCAAUGAGAUAAAGUAAGUAAAAACUAUAAACCCAGUGCAUAUGUUACUUAGUGGUUAAAAACAUUUGGGACUUUAGGAGACAGACCAAAACUGGUUUUGAACCAGUCGGCAGAAAUGCGCUGCCUUUUUUCCUCCUCUGCUUCCCAGCUAUGUGACUGUAGCUAUUGCUGUUAAUGCUCCAUCCAGAGCUCAUUUACCAGGGAAGCGCUCUCAACCCCAGCUGCCACAAAGAUUGUCUUCUGUACUAUUUUCUGAAGGAUUUCUCUUAGUUGGCAGGAGUUUUCUUACCUGAAGAUGCCUGAGAAGUGUUGUCCACCCCACUCCCCUGCUUUCCUGGGGUUAGGGCAUGACUAAUGAUUGACUGACCCAUGUGGGAUGGGGCAUGGGGGUAGUAGGGUAACAGUCCACCCUCAUUGCCUCCAGGCAGGACAACCUCUGGUGCAACUCAUGCUCAGAGCUCCUCGUGAGAUCAGGCUGAGGCUAGACUUCUCCUGAAACUGUACUUUUACUUAUUUCUUCUGAAACUUCAUCCUUUUCCCACAUUACCUUACUCAUUUCUUCUGCUACCCUAUUCUCAGUAAAUGUGUUUCCCAAGAAAACAGGAAUCCCCCCUCAGACGUUGCUUCUAGACCAUCUACUCUAAAGUCUUAACCUUGCAUGCAUGUUUUCUUCUCUCUGUAUUUUACAUGUAUAACGUGAUCAACCCACGGAGUUAUUAGAAUUCUUCCAAUUAAAUGAGAUAUAGCAGAGAAUGAGUCUAUUUUAUUGGCUAGCAAAUAGCAAAGUGUUAAAUUCAAUAAUGGCUGAAAUUGUUACCAAGUAGUAGGCUCUUUUAUUAGCUUAUCAGACUACCAAAAUAGUAUAAUGCAUCAAUAUCAAACUUAAAUUUCAACUUCAUAAAACAAUCCUGGGCCCAACAAAUAUGAAGGUAUUGCUCCAUCUUAUGUAGCGACAUCUUGUAUUUCUACUGUUUGAUAAAUAUUCCACUUAGAACUAA